AUGCCGGUGCCUAUCGGCAAUCCCGGGGACCUGCUGUACACAUGCAUUCUCAAGAACGCGUGGGGUGCGGAGGUGUCUCCGCUGCACGACGUGCCCCUAUUCUCCUCUUCCGCCAGUUUCCACUUCGUCUGCCUCUGUCCACGUGGCUCAACCUACGACAUGGCCAUUUCGUUAACCGAGCGUCUCAGCCCGUUAAAGUCCCGCCUCGUUAACAGAAACCUAUCGCGCCUGUCAGAGCCAUCUCCAUGGCACUUCGGCUUGCUGCCGCAGACGUUAGCGAACGAGGAAUUUCCAUCGGAAGUUGCCGGCUUGUCGAACGACAACCAGCCGCUCGAUGCGAUCGAAUUAGGGUUCGGCGUGCGACAGGUGGGCGACGUGUACGAGGUGCGGCCCAUCGGCGCGUUUGGGCUCGUCGACCCGCUCACCAGGGCGCUUUCGUGGAAGGUUCUGGUGGUGGCGUGGGACGACCCGCUGUUCGGGCGCGCGACGGGCCUGGACGACGUCGAGUCGCUGUUCCCGGGGGUCACGGAUCGCCUGCGCGCAUGGCUCGCGCGCUACCGCUCGAGGCCGGGACGAGUAGCCGUGUCAUGCGCGUGCCAGAUCCAGCGCCUCUGCAUGCUCCAUGUGUGUCAGCCAGCCCCCAAGGCGCAGGCGGUGUUUGCGCAGGGCGGGCGGCCGGCGUCCCCCGACACGGUGAUGCGCGUGGUGGCGGAGGCGAACGCGUGCUGGCAGCUCUUCAAGGCCACGCGCUGGCCCGACGCGCCCUCCCCCCCCGCUGCUGCCGCUGCGCCCACCUACGACCACCAGCAGCCGCAGCAGCAGCAGUGGGAAGGGGAAGUGCGGGUGGGCGCAGGCGGAGUGGCGUCGAGUCGCAGGCGGCGCAGCAGCCGCGGUAGCAGCGUGAGCAGUGGCGCUGGGAGCGGGGGUGGGGACAGCGGAAGCGUGGUGGAGUGGGGCGGGGGAGCGCAGGUGCUGCGGAUAGAGGGGGCGGCGGAGGCCGAAAGAGAGGCGUACGCGGGAGCGGAGAGACGCGGGAUGGAGAGGGGCGCAGGACUGGACGGGUGGAGGGGCAGGGGGAGUGGCACGGCGCAAGCAGGGCCAGCUGCUGAUGCUGAUGCUUGUGCGCCUCACGGCGUUGACUCGCGCGACUUGCUUGACCGUCAGUUUGAACGGCUGAUGCAAGCUGAUUUGUCGGACGCUGCACGCGCUGACAGCUUCGCCUUCCAUGACGUCAGCUGUAGCUCCCCCCCUGAGUGUUCUUAUAGCGAAAGCCCGCCUCGGUUACUGCAAUCCAGGAGCGAACCGGGGCCUGCUUAUACCGGGGACGAGCAUGAGCAUGAGCAUGAGGAUGAGGAUGACGAUGAGCAUGAGCAUAGGCACCGCCCGUUUGAACAACGCCACCAUCCCUAUGAGGAAUACUCGUUUCACGAGCACUCGUUAGUGGAUCACUCGAUAGACAGCUCGCUGGAAGGAGGAGCCGUGCAGCGGCGGGCACUGGGAGGCGAAGUGGGUUGGGACAGCCCCGACAGAACCGCCGCCUGGGGCACGCAGGACGCCCGCGCGCACGCCGCGGAAGGGAGGGGGGUCUGGGAUGGGGUGAGCGGGGGGGAGGAUGUGCGGGGCGGAGUGGAGGGGGGAGGGGCGCGGGAUUGGCGGGGGGCGCACGGGGAGGAGCGGCUGGAGGAUGGGUUGGUGGGCGGCGCGAGAGAGCUUAGCUUCGCACGGGGCUUGGCGCGUGGCGACGGGGGCUGCGACGACGGGCGACGCGGGAGUGAGUGGCGCGGGGCGGAGCGAUUUCUGGGUGGCCAGGCGGAAGCGGAGCUGGAUGGGGGGACGUUUGAGAGUGGUUCAGGUGGGUUCGGGGUGCAGAUGGCGUGGGACGAGAGGGGCGCGGGGGAGGGGGGCGCGGGGAGUGUGUACCAUUCUGAUGGGUACGCGCGCGGUUAUACCACCUCCGACGCUGAUACUAGCGCGUGGGAGGGGCGCGAGGGGGACGACGGGGACGAGGAGGAGGAGGAAGAAGAGGAGGAGGAAGGUGAGGAGGGAGAGGAGGAAGAGGGGGAGGAUGGGAUGUCGGUGAUGGAGAGGAGUGUGGAUGGGGAGGAGGAUAGGGGAGAGAGUGGCGCGGAGGAGAGUGCGGAGGGAAGUGAGGGGAGGGAGGAGGAGAGUGAGGAGGAGAGUGAGGAGGGGAGGGAGGAGGGGAGGGAGGAAGGGAGGGAGGAGAGCAAUGGGGAUGAGGGGUACAGGGAGGAGCAUGGGCAGGAGAGCGUAUGGAUGGGCCGCGCGCGAGACGGGAUCGUGGAUGAGGCUGGCAUGGGUGGCAGCAUGGGUGGCAGGAUGAGUGGCAGCAUGGGUGGCAGCAUGAGUGGCAGCAUGGGUGGCAGCAUGGGUGGCAGCAUGGGUGGCAGCAUGAGUGACAGCAUGGGUGGCAGCAUGAGUGGCAGCAUGACUGGUGAGGUGGGCAGGGAUUUUGGUGGUUUGGGGCAGCAACACCGCCCCCCCCUCAACCACCCCACGCACGCCCCCUGCUCCUCCGUCUCCUCCAGCCCCGCGCACACCCCCCGCGCCCACCACCCCCUCGCCGCCAGCGCCGCCAGCAGCCCCACUGCCGCACACCCUCCGCUCCCCUCCGCGCUGCACCCGCCCUUCAGCCACGCGCCCGCCCACGCGUCUGACCGCCGCCGCUCCUUCCCCUUCCACGCGCACCGCCACUCGCUCUCCCACAUGCACCACAUGCGCCUGCCGCCACACCAGCGCCAGCAGGCGCAGCAGAGGGCGCAGGCGGGGGUGGGCGCGGAGCGGCAGAUGCACAGGCAGGGCGCAUUAGAUGAUGGCGCCAUGGCUGGCGGGGAUGGGCGCAUGGAGCAGAACGGCCAAGCAGGGGCGGAGGGCGGUGUGGCGGUCGCAGGGGGCGCAGGGGGGGCUGGGGGCGAAAGGUUGUUCCGCAAGGCCAACUCCAGCUCCCCCCGCACGCUCAACCGCCCCUCCUCCGCCUCCAGCAGCCCGGGUAACGCGCCUGCGCGCCCCUCGGGGCAGGGGGGCGCGGCGCUGGAGCGCCCACUGGCGCCGCUGAGAAGAGACGCGGCGGCGCUCAUCCCAGGGCUGCUGAGGGCGCGCGGGGGGAACGCGCAGGGGCGCAUCAUGCGCUCCCAGUCGCUCUGCCAGGGCGCGUUUGGGGACGUGCUGGGCGGCCAGAGCAGCGGAUCGCCAGGGGACCCCUCUCAGUCUGCUGCGCCUGGUGGCGGUGGGGCGUUGGGUGGUGUGGCGGAUGGUGGCGCGAUGGUGCUUGAGCGGUCCAUGUCCUUCACAUCCGCGGAUGGGGCAGGGGGGGUGCCGCAGUGGUCACAGCGCCUCCCUCCUGCACGUUCGUCCCUCUCUCCGUCCCGUGACCUCUCCUCCCCUCGCGAGCCCUCUCUUGUCCCCCGCUCCUCCUCCUCCUCCUCCUCCGCCUCCUCUCGCCCUCUCAGGCCGCCUGUCCCCCCGCCAGCUCCCGCCCUCCCCCCUGCCUGCGCCUCCUCCCCGCCCCUGCGCCCCUCGCGCAGAAUGCAGCGCCGCCACACCCUCCCCCCGCGCGUGCUCGAUGCUACCCCUGGGGGAGGGGUGGCAGGGGGAGGAAAAGGGGGCGGGGCGGAGGGUGAGCAGCAGGGGGAGUCUGAGCGUGGGGGCGGCAGUUGGGGGGAUCGGACAGGGGGAGGAGAGGGCGAGGAGGAGGACGAGUUUGUGAGGGCGGCAGCAGCAGUGUCAGGGGUGGAGGUGCUGGUGCUGGGGAGGGCAGCGCGGGGCACAGGCGUGAGCGGUCCAGAUGCAGUGAAUGUGGACCGCCUGAGACCCGUGCAGCAGCAGCAGCAACAGCAGCCGCCGCCGCCACCACCACCACCACCACCACUGCCGCCACAGCAGCAGCAGCAGGCACCGGCACAACGACAGCCACAGGCACCGGCACAGCAAGCGCAGCAGCAGCAGGGGGCACGAAGGCAGGUCGCGCGGAGGCAGCAGGGCAUGGCGGGCGGGAGGGAGGCAGGAGCUAGGCCCCCGCGCAUGGUGCGGCAUGGCAGGAGCGGCAGCCUGGCAGACGUGAGCAGCAUGGCGCUGGGCGGCAUGGGCGGCAUGGGCAUGGGCAUGGGGGUGGGCAUGGGGGUGGGGGUGGGGAUGGGGAUGGGGAUGGGGACGGGGGUGGGGAUGGGGAUGGGGAUGGGGGUGGGGAUGGGGGGAGCAGCAGAGAUCAGCAGCUGGGGGAUGGGUAUGAUGGGGACAGGAGGUAGAGGCGGAAUCGGGGUAAUUGGGGGAGGAAUGGGCAACAGCAGCGCAGCAGCAGGCGGUAUGAGGCAGAGCGUUGUGUUGAAUCCACAGGCGCAGCCACAACCAUCCUCCUCCCUGGCUCCUCGCAGCCUGGACCCCUUUCCUUCCGCGGUCGCAAGCAAUGCGGUGCAGAUGGGUGCCAGGGGUGGCGGCGUGGGUGCAGCAGGAGCAGGGGCAGCAGGGCGGGGAGUGGGCAGGGGAGGGAGGGGAAUGAGGGCGCGGAGCAUGUCAGGCGCCCCUCGCAUGCUGCAGCAGCGGUUGCUGCCACAGGGGCAGGGGCGGGGGCAAGAAGGGGGAGGUGGGCGGGGACGGGGGCGGGGCCGGGGGCAGGGGCCGGAUGGGGGAAGGGGGCGGGGGCGGGGGGGUGACCGACAGACAGGUGAUGGUAGGUGCGGGCAAGCAGCAGGUGUGGAAGGAGGAGGGGGAGGGGAAGGAAGAGGUGGAGGAGGGGGAGGAGCAUCAGGGGCAGCAGUAGCGGCGGCAGCAGCGGAAGGCGAGGAGGCGGGCAUGGUGUUUCAGCGCUCCAUCAGUCUGUCGGCGCGCCUCUUUGCCGACAAGGAUGCCAUGGCUGCCUCCCUCGGAGGCCCCGUGGGAACUGGCACGGGAGCAGGUGUGGGAGGGGCGGAGGGGCGGGGAGGCGCCGGGCGGGAGGGUGAGGCUGGGGGGGCGCCCAGAGCGCUGGCAGAGGGUGUGCGAUCAGAAGGAAGAGGGCCAGGGCGGUUGGGUGCGGUGCCAGGCGGUGGUGGCAGGGGGCGGGGCCGCGCGGCCGCCGCCUCUCCCAUGCGCCCUCGGCCCCCCUCGGGCUCACCCCCCUCUGCGCGCCCUGCGCUCUCUCAUGUGCGCCAUCCCUCCUACAUCUGGCCCCACGUGCACUCCGCGCCUCCCGCUCCCGCAGGGAGCACGGCAGAUGCUGCUGCUGCUGCUGGCCGCCGUGCUGCUGCUGCUGCUGCUGCUGCUGCUUCAGCUGCAGCUUCCGAUGUAUCGGCCGCUGCCGCUCAUGCUCCGUCUGCUGCACCAGCUGCCACUGGUGCUCGCCCUGGUGGCGGUGCUGCCGGUGCUGCCCGUGCGGAUGGUGCUGGCAGUACUGGUGGUGCAGGCAAUGCUGGCAGGGGUUCCGGUGUGGGUGACACAGCUGAGGCAGAGGGGGGAGUGUCGUCCCCACCCAGCAGCAGCGGGGGCGAGUGGGAGCAGUCCCCCGACCACCUGUUCAUGCGCCACCAGACCACCCCCUGCCGCCUGCAGGGCGCUCACGAGCACGCCCACGCCCAUGCGCACGGCCUGGCACUGUCCCCCGCGGCUGCCCCUGGCAGCGCGGCAUCGCUGGUGUCAGAUGGGCCGGGGUCAGAGGCGGGCAGCUCGUGGGGUGAUGGCGAGCAGUGGGAGGCGCACCUGGCACUGCAUGGUGGUGCGGGGCAGGGUGGCGGGGCGGACGGGGAUGCGGACGGGCAGUGGCAUGGCGGGCAGCAGCAGUAUGAGAGGCAGCUGUCCCCGCUGAAGCCGCGAGACGCAUCUCCACAGGCGAGCCUGCACCAGGCCCUGCCUCCCCACCAGCAGGCCCUGCCUCCCCACCAGCAGGCAGCGUCGGCUCUGCACACACCUCCCCGCCGCCCCCCCCUGCAGCAGCAGCAGCAGCAGGGACAGCAGGGGCAGGCGCAGGGUCGCACUGCCGCUCCAUCGCUCACCGCACCCUCUGCCAUCCCGCACACUCUCUCACCUGCCCGCUCGCCUGCUCAUGCCACCUCCCAUGCUCCUCGCCUCACUCCCCUGCAGCGACAGCAGCAGCAGCAGCUGCAGAAACUGCACCAGGCACAGACCGCCCCGGCAGCACAGGGGGGGUUCCGUAGCAUGAGUGUGGGCGCCGCACACCACACCUCACAAUAUGCCUCCAAACCCUCUCAACCCGCCCUCCCCCCAGCCUCCCCCCAGCGCCCUAUUCCUGGCUUCUCCCCUCUGAUUGCCGCCCGCAAUUCCAUGUCUGCGCCAGCCGGGCAGAUGAAACACCGCAAGUCGGGCAGCUUCGACAAAGGUUCAGGGAAGCGGCGGGUUCCGGGCAGCCUGGGGAGGCUGAGGAUGAACAAGGAGAGGGGGUGGUGGGGUGGCGGCCCAGGGGUGGGGAGCGGUGCUGCGGCUCAUGGCAGUGGUGCUGCAGGUGGUACUGGUUCAGCUGCUGUUCCUGCUGCUGCUGCUGCUGUUGCUGGUGCCGGUGGUUCCAGUGGUGCCGGGGGUGGGAGGAGGCACGGGGGAGCAGCAGGGAGUGGGGGCAAGGCGUCGGUGGCAUCAGCGCUGAUCAGCCCCCGCAUCGUUGGAAAGUCCAUCUUCUCGCGCUCCGCCACCACUGCUGCCCCCUCCUCCUCCUCUUCUGCCCACUCCACCGACCCUGAUGCUGACUCCCACGGGCCCUCCAAAGGCAACUGGCGCCGCCUCGUGGGCAAGAGGGCAGGCAGCCCGCAGCACGGCAGGCGUGGCCACGGGGGCAGCAGCAGCAGCGGCAGCGGGCAUGGAGGGGUGGUCUCACGCGCCGCGCGCGCAGUGACGGUGUUCAAAGCCGGGCACAAGGGGGGCGUGGGGCACAAGUUGGGGUUCAAGGGGAUGGGGGCGGUGAGCCUGCCACUCAUGGGGGGAGGCGGGGGAAGCCAUGGGGUGAUGCAUGACGGCAUGAGUCUGUUGACUGCAGGCGAAGAGGCUGUAGCCCUGGCGUUAGCAGCGGCGGCGGCAGCGGCAGCGGCGGCAGCAGCGGCGGAAGUGCCGUGGGUGGCGAUGGUGGUGCCGGGGGAAGAGAGCGAGGGUAUGCUGCCGUCAUCCCUGCAUGGGGGGCUGUCGUCCCCACUGCCGUUCAAGGCGGGGAAUGAGUGGGCGAUGGAGGUGCGUGCACGCAUGCAGUGCGACGAGACCGCCAGUGGCAACUACGAGCUUUGGGACGAAGAGCUUUCUGCUCCUGCUGCUGCUGGUGCAGGAGGUGGGGAGGAAGGCGCACCAGCAGCAGGAGAUGCGACAGGGGCAGGUGCAGGAGCAGCGGCAGGAGCAGCAGCGGCAGCAGGAGCAGGGAAGGAAGGGGCAGCGGGAGCGGCGGAGGGGGGAAGGGGGGAGGAGCGGGUGGGGCUGCAGAACAUGCUGGUGCUGGACCUCUACCCCGACCUCUCCCCCCUCGUGCUCGGCGCCCGCAAGGCACCACCACGCCUACCUGCUGCUGCUACUAAUGCUGGUGGUGAUCCUGAGAACGAUGGUGGCGGUGGUGACAUUGAAGCGAAAUUUAUGGGGGAUGGGAGUGGCGGGGCGGUGCAGAAUGAAGGUGAGGGGAGCAGCAUGCAUGUGCAAGGUGGCGAGCAGGUGGAGGCAGGGGGGGGUGAUGGAGGGGCAGGUGCAAGUGGGAUCCAUGAGGAGGUUAGCAUCACUUUGCUGGGAAGCAGUCCUGCACAGGAGAGUCAAGGCUGCGGGCAGGUGAUAUCUGGGGAGGCAACACCUGUGCUAGCUGGUGCAGGGAUGGAGCAGGAAGCUAGGUCUAGUUUGAAAGAGGUGGCUAUUUAUCAGCCCGUGCUUGUAUAG